UUUUUUUUUAUUUUCAGAAUACUGAUGUAAGUGAAUGAGUAACCCAGGUCGUAUUGGAGUCUGUACUUCAUCUUCACGAGAAGAUGUGUCAAGAUCCCGCAAUACGCCUGUCAGACGUUCUUCUUUCAAUCCACAAGAUGGGGUCGUACAAUCGGGCCCUUCGGCCGUUCGAGGCCAUCACAGUCGUCGAUGGACUUACAGGCGCGAGCCGUCACAUCAGAUGAACGUAGUGGCUGUACCAAAUCACAACGUCCAAAACCAAAAUUUCCGCCGACAUAAUUGGUCUAAUAACAUUCGAGAGAAGAGUCAUCAAGGUGGAAGUCGGAGAAGGCAUAGAAACUUUUCGAAUUGUCAACCGCCUAUGGAAGAUAUGGAUGUAACAGACGAUGUUCCUCACUAUCCUGGUUUUGUUUUUGAUCCAGUCACUCGCAAACAUUUUCGAAUCGCCUCAGAUCACAGCGGAAUCAACAACUACACCCAGAAAGACAUCCUUAGAAGACGUCGAGAAGCAGAACGGUGUCAUUAUCUUGCACAAAAACGAGGCAUCCAUGUCAAACUUCCACGUUCGCAUCUGCCUACUGUAGCUAUAGUUCAUGAUCUUUCUCUGGGAGCUCGUAACUUCAAUCACACUGUACGAACGAUUUACGAGAAUCGCUUGUUACAUGUUGGUUCCGUUCCAAACGCUGUGCAAGAGACCUAUUUGAGCUCCUCAAGUGAGCAUGUGAAAGGAUGUCAGUUUCUGGAUAUUGUGGGAAGCGGAGAUGAUGCACAGAUCUUGGGAUGUUGGGCAAUUGGCGACGGCUCUAGAAACAGCAGAAAAGCCUCCAAAUUAGCCUGUUUUCGAGCACACUUUAAUGAUGAGGUGGCCAGGAAAGCACGCAUUGAACUGGACAAACUGAGUGGAUCUGAUGUCAACACGUCUCUGAAUCUACUAGGGCUUGAGUUUGUCCUUGAUGGAGAGACCGUAGAUGUGUUAGAGCCUGUGCUUGUGGAUAUGACGGUAGCACCGGUAGAUUCAGAUGUGACUUGCGUCUUAUAUGUGACAGCCGAUUCAAGAGUGACUGAGCAAGGUAUUCUAUCGGUAUGCAAUGUGGUCUUGCAGCCAAUGUCCGCUUUGUGCACGGAUGAUGAUUUUGAAGUGCGGAACUCGCCCAUUUAUAAUAUUCGAUGGUCUGUGAAUUCCUCUGCAAUCUAUAGCUGUGCCUGGAAUUCUAACAAGACCCGGAUCGCACUUGGAAUGGAAGACACUGCAAAGAUCAUGGAUGUUAUUACGGAGAAAUCUUUUGUAAUAUCGAGUCGCCGUAAAAAUGUUAUAAGCCAACACUUUACAACUAAUGGGGACCUGAUUUACAUGGGGCUGAGGGACAGUGAUGUGAUUCUAUCUGACUUGCGAAUGAAAAGCCAUCAUGUGACCGGUUCUUUGAAAGGCUCCCGAUCGGCGGGAUGGGUUCGGCAACUUCGCUUAUCGUAUCCACAGUGUGUACUCAUAGAGAAUUUUCGUGGCGAGCUGAAACUGUACGAUCUUCGGCGGUCAGAUCGAGAGCUAAUGUCGUUCAGCGGCCAUCGUAAUACACAUUUUCGCUUGCCAUGUACAGUGGACAGUCAGGAGAAUUUUGUGUUUGCAGUUGGAAACGAUGGAUGUACUCGUGGAUGGUCCCUGGCUUCUGGUGACCAGCUCUGCGCUGUUCCUUGCCCUCGUCCCGUUGACGACCGUACAGACUUCCCGCGCGUGAUUUACUCGUCCGCAUGGGCGGGACGCGCCGGUAGCUCCGCCCUCGUACUGGCUGUUGGUGACUCGCUACGUAUUCACCAUGUAGAAUUAUGAAGUCUUUAGGUCUUCUUUGUUUCCUAUCUUUCUCUCUGUUGCCCAAAAGGAGCUUCCCUUCCCACAUUGAUUUAUGUAUUUGAUCUAUCUCUAGAAAAAAAAAGAUUUUCGUAUAUUUUUGUUAAUAUAUGAGAAAAUCAUAGUUUACUCUCUUUGGAUUGUUGAACCUCCCCAUCUCUCUGGUGAUUCAUGCUG